UUGAGUUACCUGCAGACUCGCCUAUCACUCACCUGCUCCCGCGUUGCCUCCUCAGCGACUGUGUUUUCUGGGAACAACAAACGUCUGCGUCGGACGGAAACUGUAUAGUUAAAAGUGUUGGAUUGGAUUGACAACAGCUCUAUUUGAAAAACAAACAGGUUGCAAAUAUCGGCAGUUUCCUUCGGAGUUUGUCGUCCUGUACGGCUGCAGGCUGCGAUGGCAGGCUGAUGCUUCAGGUCUCGACCACGUUUCUCACCUUGAGCAUCCCGUCCGGAAAACACCACUGUGGAUGCCUUAAAUCAUGAGUGUCCUGGGACCUCCAUCGAGGCAAGCCAAUGGAGUGGCAAGAUCGGACAGCAAGAUCAGCGCCAAGGCCCUCUAUGAACAGAGGAAAAAAUACUCCAACUCCAAUUUUAUCAUGCAUGAGACAUCGCAGUAUCAUGUUGAGCAUCUCUCCACGUUUAUUAUGGACAAGACAGAGUCCAUUGCCACAGUAGACGAUGCCAUCAAGAAACUGGUCCUUCUGGACUCAAAAGACAAAAUCUGGACCCAGGAGAUGCUACUGCAGGUCACAGACAAAGCGGUCAGGCUGCUGGACUGUGACACACAGGAGGAGUUGGAGAACUUUCCUCUCUCCAUCAUCCACAUGAGUCAGACGGUCCUGAAUCAGACACGUUACCCGUCUGUGCUGCUGCUGGUGUGUCAGGACAAGGAGCAGCACAAACCCGACAUCCACUUCUUCCACUGUGACGAGGUGGAGGCUGAGAUGGUUCAUGCAGAUAUAGACAGUGCCAUUGGAGACAACAAGCAUGGGAAGAAAAUGAGGCUUCAGACUCUGAAGGUGAACCAAGAGAAAAUGAAGCAUCACCGAGAAACAAUUCUCCCCCCCUCCGCCCCUAAGGGCCCCUCACCUGCCGCGAAGGGACGAGUGGAAGCUACGAACACAGGAGACAGACGAGCCUCACAACAUGACGCAGAGUCACAUGAAAAGCUGGCACAGCGCAUUGAGAAGGAUGUGCAAAUCCUCAACUGUGCCCUGGAUGACAUAGAGAUUUUUGUGUCACGUCUGCAAAAGGCAGCAGAGGCCUUUUCUCAGCUCAACCAUCGCAACAAGAGUAAGAAGAAUAAGAAGAAAGGACCAGCAGAGGGCAUGCUGACCCUGCGAGCCAAGCCCCCCACUGAAGCGGAGCUCAUUGAUAGCCUGCAGAAACUGAAGCUGGCUUUCAACCUCUUGGCCAAACUGAAGAAACACAUUCAGAAUCCAAGUGCGUCUGAGCUGGUUCAUUUCCUGUUCGGCCCUCUGGAGAUGGUUCUGCAGAGCUGUGGAAGUCCUGAACUGGUGCGUUCAGUAAUCUCUCCUCACCUUUCCAAAGACGCUGUUGAUUUCCUGCGGGGACACCUCACCCCCAAAGAGAUGACUAUCUUUGAGCUCCUUGGGGAUGGAUGGACCAAACCCAGGGCAGAGUGGCCCAGGGAUCAGUGCGCUCCUCCUUAUUACCCAAAGUUUCGUAAUGGCUGGGAGCCACCGGUGGAGCUCUUUAGGACAGCCCCAUGGGAAACAGAGGGACCCACAGGGCCACUGGGGCCUCCCAUCAGCCCAGAUUAUAGAAAACAAUCUGAGGAUUUUUAUGGGACUCAUUCAUCAAGCUCAUCAAAUGGGUCCUUCAAUGGGAUUCCCCACACCCGCAAAUAUGCCAAAAUUCGCUACCACUUUGUAGCACGGAAUGCCAACGAGCUGUCAGUGCUGCAGGAUGAAAUCCUCGAGGUGAUAGAGGAUGACAAACAGUGGUGGAAACUUCGGAAUCGAAGCGGCCAGGCCGGCUACGUCCCAUUUAACAUCCUGGACGUGGUGAAGAUAGAGGAGCCAGAGGGCGUCUACAACCAGCACGGCUACAGGACGUCACCUCCUGGUUCUCUGAGCCAUGGAGACAGCUUCAACAAGGGGAGACCCAAAGACAAAACGAUGGAUGACGUCAACACUGAGUUAUUGCAGAAAAUCACUGCUAACAAAAGCCAGCCGCCCACCAGGAAGUUCCACGUGGAGCGAUCAUCCAGCAGCCAUGUGCCUCUCACCUUUGACUCAAACCCAGAGCAGGUGACUGCGUGGCUCAGCGCGCUACGUUUCUCAAAACCGACGGUUGAAUGUUUGGGGAUCCUGACUGGAGCCCAACUGUUCUCCCUCAACAAAGAAGAACUGAAGGCGGUGUGCGGAGACGAAGGCGCACGAGUCUACUGUCAGGUCACCGUGCAGAAAGCACAGGUGGAGAAGACCAGCGGAGACUCAGAGCUACAGGAGAUCAUGAGACGGAGGCAGGAGAGGAUUGACUCCGGCAGCACAGACUGAACCAGCAUGACCCAUGCAGACGCUUUUCUUCCCUCACUGCUUUCUAACUGCAGCAGCUUCUUAAAUUGAUCUACAGAUAGAUAGAUACUGAAGUGUUGUAUACAUUUUUAAUUGUAUAUUUAUUUUGUAUCAACCAAUGUGUAUGCAUUCAAGUGUUUUCUUAUCUAAUUAUGUUGCUUUUGUUUUCAUUGUCUCAGAACAUGGAUCUAUGUACAGUUUUGUGUGUGUGAGUGUGUAUGCGAGCUUGAGUGUGUGUGUGCGCGCGACAACAGGCAUGUAACAUACAUAUUUGUACGAGCAGUGUUUGAAGUUUUAUGCUCAUUGUCAAUAUUGCAGCUGAAUGACUUGUUAAAUAAGUAGAUCUUAGCUAUAUCAUAUCUAAAUCUGUGCCAGAAUGGAUGACACAUUUUCUGAUAUAUAGCCAAUUGUUUUCACAUGACUUGUUUACAGGUAUAAUAAAUAAUAAAACACGCUCUAUGUUAGAUCAGCAAAUGGUAUUAAUAUAGACUACUGUUGCUGUUUAUGAUCAGAAUUCAGACAUUCUGGCACCACAGAGAAACUGUCAAUAAUCCUGCAUGAACUUAUUCUCAAUAAUAGUGAGAUGCUGUUAUUAAUGUGUUCUUAUGCAGCAUGAUAUUUUGCAGUGUGAACUGCACAUACAGGAAUAAUAAGGAAUAUGAUGAGAUUAUGUUGUUCUGAUGUUCAUAAUUAAAUGAAGAUUUCGACAAAACGUUCCAGGGGGUUGUAAAUAUCAUGGGACACUGUUUAAAAAGAAUUUAAAAAAUAAACUUGUUAAUUAUCUGA